AUGCACGGAAGCCGUGGCGGCCUCGACACGGAUCUAGUUGCAUGUGUCGUCGUCGCGCUUCUUCAGGUUGGGCACGUCGAUGCCCCUUGGAAAGCGGCGGACACCGGGCCCCGGGGGAACGAGAGGACGGUUAAUCUGUUCCAUGCAGAAGCAAGGCAAAUUUUCAAAGAUUCUUGUUCGGUUCAGAUCUACAGUAUCCAGGCCUGUAUUCCAAAAGAUACAGCUAUACUUUGGAAUCAUGAAUUUGUGCAUGCAGAGGAGAUUUUCAACCAGCCUUUUGACUAUGAGAACUGUUUGAGAGAUAAUAGGUUUUGUGGUGUUUUGAAUUCUUUUGUCAAGCGAACAUCCAAUGGAAAGCAUGUGAGUUCAUUGCCACCAAAGCCCUUGAAUAGUGCUGCAGUCGUCGCGCGGUCUAAGCCUAGUGUUACUCCAAAGGAGCAGUUUGUUACUGCUCGGCGGCAAGAUUUGCCUGUAAGUUCAAAGCAGGGAGCAGGCACUAAGUCUGAGAAGGAUAAUUCCACAAUAUUAGAUAAGGUUGGCAAUGGUCCUGUUGUCAAAGAACAAUCAGUUGAUACCUAUGCAAGCAAAAGUAAAGCUCAAAAUGGAAAGGCCAUGCCUAGUAAUGGUGGAUCGCUGGCUAACAUGUGGGGCCGUGCAUCAGCAAAACCUAUGCCUCCAAGUACCACUAAUUCUACAGCUGUAGCAAGUGUUGCAGCUACUGCUGAUGCACAAAUUUGUGCGAAGGAAGAAGCAGAUGGAAAUAGCAGCGAUGAUGAACAUGGGAUAAAGUACAAGAGGGGAUCCACUAAUGCAAAUAACAGAAAGAGAAGAGUGGUAUUUGAUUAUUCAGAUGAUGAGGAAGAUGAGUAGAUGACAAUAUUGUAAGCAUUGCAUCUCAUGAGUGUCACACCCGGGUUUUAGGGCACCAAGACCCGGGCGCGAACAUAAUCACCAGGUGUGCUGGGACCAAGUCUC